AAUAAAAAUGUAGACUUUUUAGGUGGAACACACUGCUGUUCGUUAAGCGUGACGAUUUGCAAAUACAAAUUGAGAGAUUCAUCUGCAAAUGCUACUGAGUCGCGAGAAAGAGAGGUGAUGGAAGCGAUCGGCGACGACGAUGAGCUCCCAAGGAACAAAAUUUCCCAGUGGAAGAGAAUCUCCUUUACGAUUCUCCUUCUGUUAAUCUCCUUGACCACAAGGGUUUCUGGUUCUAUUGACGAAUCUGGUAGAAGAGUGAUUGAAGCGAGAAGUGGGCAAGACUUGAUAUGGGUGGUUCAGCUAUCUGACCUCCAUUUCAGCGUUCAUCACCCAGAAAGAGCCACCGAUUUCAAAAACAUAGUGGGUCCUGCUCUGUCUUUGAUCAACCCUUCUCUCGUCUUAAUCACCGGUGAUCUUACAGAUGGGAAAAGUAAAGACAUGUUAACAAUGAAGCAAAACGAAGAUGAGUGGUUAGAAUACGAGAGUGUGAUGCAAGAUGUUGUGAAAAGAAGUCGGUUGAAUAAGACCAUAUUCUAUGAUCUUAGGGGUAACCACGACAACUUUGGUGUUCCGUCUGUUGGUUCAUCCGUUGAUUUCUUCUCAAAUUAUAGCUUCAAUGGAAAGAUGGGAAGGAAAGAAAAUGUUAACACCGUGACUCUUGAGACUAGUGAACGUAAACAUCUGUUUGUCGGUGUUGACACCACGAUGCAUAUUGGAUUACGCGGCCCAACCAAUCUCUUUGGGCACCCAACUGAUGAACUUUUGAGCUCGCUCGACUCACACCUAUCGCAAUGGGAUGACCAAUCAAUCAAACCUGUGACAAAGAUAUCAUUUGGGCAUUUUCCGUUGUCCUUCUCAGCGAUGUCACAUUCGCAAAAGAGCCUCAAAGAUGUUUUCUUGAAGCACUCCAUCUCUGCUUAUUUGUGUGGCCAUCUACACUCAAGUUUUGGCAAGAACCUUAAGAGACUCCAUCACUCCGGUGGUACCAGUUUAUCAGAUAAUGACUUGUUUCAGCUGAAUAUGAGGCGGAGUAGCGCUGAAAGCACUACGAACUGCUCAUUUGGAGCCUUACCGGCUGCAGAAUUCUGGGAGUGGGAGAUGGGUGACUGGAGAAAAAACAGGGCAAUGCGUAUCAUGGCCAUUGAUAGGGGUCAUGUUUCAUAUGUUGAUCUUGACUUCAAGUCAAAAUCUCAGAAGACUAUCAUAUUGCCGACCUUUCCAUUAGAUUCACGUUUCAUGUCAACAUCCUUUGCACGCCACAAAUAUGAAUGCCAACAUAUGAUCUCGUCAUCUUAUGAUGCAAUCAGAGCCAUCGUGUUUUCUCAUUCCCUUGUUGUUGAAGUUGUAGCUAGAGUUUAUGACUCGAGCCCUGGAUUUGACAAUCUGGUCAUGGAAGCUCCAAUGAAAAAACAUGGAGACGAUUCUUCCACUUCUGGGGCAUCAUUUUUUUCACUUCCAUGGAACUAUAGGGCCUUUGAAGAUCCCUCACCUGAUAGGUUUUGGCUGCAGAUAGAAGUCACUGACAUCAAAGGCAGAUCAACUUUAUCAGAAAUGCGGCCAUUUUCCAUCAAUGGUCUAAGCUCUAAGGUCUCAUGGACAUGGAAUGAGUUUCGUGUCAUGGGCUGCCAAUGGGCGGCAUUAUAUUUCCCGAGUCUUUGGUCUGCUCUAUAUUGUUUGUUUCUCGUUUUUCUCAUCCCCAAAUGCAUUAUCAUUGUUUUCAAGAAGCAAUACACUCUCAAAAAGUUCAUUGCCAAGAAAGGACCAAUCACGCUUGUACUUUGGAUUCUCCAAGACCUCUGCAGAAUUCCUCUGGUUUGGUUUGGUUACAUGGCAUAUUUCUUUUAUCUCAUAUUCUUUCCUUGGUUUUCCGGUGAAGUGUUUACUGAUUCUGGAAACAGAACAUACAUGACUAUUAUGGGAUGGGUAGUCACGAGCUCAAGCGCGGAUAGGAAACAUGAAUACAUCGGACAACCUGAUGUAAUGGUUCUGGUGAUCCCGCAUCUGGUCUUUGUUGUUAUCCCCAGUGUCUUGGUCGUGUGUUGUCUGGUUGCGGAGAGAGAAAUCUACAAAGAUCACAUUCGAACCGUCUCUGGUAAGAAAGAGGACGACCAUGACCGGGGAAGGAAGAGGAGAUCUCAACGCCGGUCGCUGUUAUUCUCUAACAGAAGACUAGUUCGGAAAUUACUUUUGCUGGCUUCAUUGGCUCUAUACUGGAAGCAUUUCAAGAAUUGCUGGGCUCUAGCUAGAGCUUAUGAGAUGAACUUGGUGCUUCAUUUUCCAGGUUACGGUUUUGUAGUUCCUUUGUUGCUACUUUAUGUUAUCUGCAAAACCCACAAGGUUACAUGAGAAUCUCAAAGAAUACUCUUUGGAAUUUUUUUGUGUUAAAGAAAUACAUAUAAAGGUUUUUCUUACACUUUUUUUUUUUUUUUUUUUUUUUGCUUUCUGCUCACUCUCUCUUCAUAUGCUCACUUUCUCUUCUAAAGUGUUGGAACAAAAAAAAUGGUUUUCUAAUUGAAUGGAACUAAUUAAAAAUUCUGAUUCCAUAUGGUAUGUACCCAAUACUAGUAAAUAUAUUUCUCAAAAAAAAGAAAAAAAA